AUGACCGCUUACACCAGUUUCCAACAGUACGAUCUGUUAGACUCCGAGGGUUACGGGUCGGCGAGUAGCCCAGAGUCGAAUCCUCGUAGCUGGGUUCAUCAAGAGAUCUAUCCUCAACCGCCGAGGUCCAGGGGUAGCAGCUGCGGUAGCGUGAGCUCGUUGGAUUGUCAAAAUCGCGAGUACCAAGAGAUCGGUGCAGCGAAUGGCAGCUUUCACGUGACCGCGACUGGCUUCAACUGCGCCGAGUUCUACGAGGGUUACUACCAAGAAGGUUGCCGAAACGAGCAGCAAAUCGGCCAUUCGAAUAACAUGAGGACGGCGAAGGAGCCGGCCAGGCCGGCGUUCAGGAUGAACGAGUGCGCGGAGAACGUUUACGACGGUGUAUCGAGCCGGGCCGAAUUCACCGGUGAGAAUGCUACGGCCAAACAAAGCGCCGACACCCCGCCAAAAAUGGAGCACCACACGAGCAAUAUCUUUAGCAACGGCAGGUGCGAGUUCGGCCAGAAUCAGGAGAGUUUCUUCGCCGCGAAGAGUUAUGGUAUCCCGAAAGGUGAUGGUUUUUUGCCUAGAAAUAACGGCAAUCCUUAUGGGCAGAGGGGCGACAUUCUUUAUUUGGGUGCCACGUACAGCGUGCAGAGAAACGAAAACUACGUUCAGAGCCAGCAAGGCGGCAAAUGCGAGCCGUCCAGGUACCACCAAAAAAACGACGCUCUCCACAUCUCGCCGAUGGAGUACCCCGGCCAAAAGGCGAAGGAGAGCAUGCAGAAGAUCAAAAACGGCACGCCGGGUAUCGAGGUGUUGAGAAAGAGACGGCUGGCGGCGAACGCGCGUGAAAGAAGAAGGAUGAACAGUCUGAACGAUGCUUUCGAUAGGCUACGGGACGUCGUGCCUAGCCUCGGCAAUGACAGAAAGCUCAGCAAAUUCGAGACUCUACAAAUGGCGCAAACGUAUAUCGCGGCGUUGUACGAGCUGUUGCAAAGGGAGUGA